AUGCCUCCAUUGGCUGAGCUUGACGACGAGGACGACGAAGAUGCACGCACCUUCUCACGCUUUCAGAGAGAGUCGAGUAGUUGGCUGGUCUUUUCCGGCGUCCUCGCACUCCUCGUCACGCUGUUCAUCACCAGCUUUACAGCGAACCCGCUCCAGCCGAGAGUCAACUCGAAAGAAAUGGCGCGCCUUUUGCAGCAGGUCAAUGGCCAGCUGCAUGUAAUGCUCGGAGAAAUGUCCCGUCAGGGUUAUGAUAUCAGCAGCCUGCAACUUGAUCUCGGGACACAACAGGAGAUACGGGAGACGUUUGUGACCACAAUCCGCGACGUCUGGGUCCCUACAUUGUGUUACUCGAGCCUUAUUAUCUCGCUAUUGGGUGCAAUGGUCUGCCUUCAGAUCAAGCACUGGCUCAUGCGCUGCACCAUGCGCUUCUUCCCCCUUUCGCCCGCACACCCUGACCCGUCCUCGCUCCGCGCCGCCGCACUGCGGUUCGUCGAGUACAAGAAGAGCCGCGCCGAGACAGUAGCAAGGACAAAGCGCAUUGUCAUUGUCGUACCGCCACUCAUGUACGGCGCCGCAGCAAUGUUUGCAUGCGGCGUCGCCGCCAAGAUCGGCUCAUUCUUCUGGAUUGCGAUCGCAUAG